ACUUGGCAACCCCUACUUCUGAUCUUUACGUUACAGAACGUGUGUAAACUGAAAUAACGCGGCUUGACUCGCUUGUCAAACAUUCGAUCAAAUUUUGUAAAAUCGUUGAAUAAAACAAAUACAAAUCAUGGCAGCACCUAUGCCCAUCAAUCCCAAACCCUUUCUCAAUGCCUUAACCGGCAAACCGAUUAUGGUAAAACUGAAGUGGGGCCAUGAAUACAAAGGUUAUCUCGUUUCAGUUGAUGGAUACAUGAAUCUUCAGUUGGCAAACACAGAAGAAUAUAUUGACGGAAGCUGUACUGGUAACUUGGGUGAAGUUCUUGUCAGGUGCAACAAUGUACUUUACAUACGUGGAGUGGAAGAAGAUGAUGAGGAGGGAGAAAUGAGAGAUUGAUUGCUGUUUGAAACCUGGAAACCAUAAAAAAUAUGUUCUGGUGUAUACUUAAACCUACACUUACAAGAUUCCCACAGACAAUGAAGGCCAAACAAGUAAAAAAAAAAGCUCCCAACUAUUUCUAUUCCAAACACAGAAACGUUAUCUACC